AUGAACGAGCGCGUCGUGGGAGUUUGCUCUGAAGAAGAACUGAGUGAGCUGCUCGUGACGUUACCUCGAUUUAUACGGGCCCACAAGGAAGUCACGUCAUGCAACCAUGCGUACGAUGCGGACCCUGCAGCAUGGCAUUGCCAUCAAAUGACCCGAUAUGACACGAAGUGCUCGUCUCGUCGUUGCCAUAACAUGGACCCAAACGAUGCUCGUUUUUCGUUCUGCAAAGCCCAGUACCUCUUCCGCGAAUGCCAUUUCACACAGGAAACCUUGUGA